AUGGACCCUUCUUCCAGCACCAGCACCACUACAAGCACGAGCGCGAAUACAGGCGCAGGGACAGACAAACUCCUCGUUGAACAACACGUCGCGUAUAUCCAGAAACUCGGCGAGAACAAAGACGACCUCACAUACCACCUCACCGCGCACCUCCGCCUCAACGCCGUCUACUGGGGCUUCACGGCCCUCUCGAUCCUCGGCCGCCCCGACGCGCUCGACCGCGAGGAGAUGAUUGGGUUUGUGAUGAAUUGUUGGGAUGAGGAGGCUGGCGCAUUCGGCGCCCACCCAGGCCACGACGCGCACCUCCUAUCCACACUCAGCGCGAUUCAGAUUUUGGUGAUGCAGGAUGCGAUGGAGAGGGUUGAUGUAGAGCGGGUUGUUAAUUUCAUACUCUCCCUACAACACCCAUCCGGCACAUUCACAGGCGACCGAUUUGGCGAGCAGGACACGCGGUUUUUGUAUUGUGCGGUUAAUGCGUUGUCGCUGCUUGGGAGGCUUGAUGCGUUGGAUGAGGGUGUGCUUGGCGAGGGUGUGUUGGGUGAGGAGGGUGUGGUGGAUGAGGAGGGUGUGGUGGAUGGAGAGGAAGAGGAAAAGGGGAAGGGCAGGGGGGAGGGGAGGGAAAAGGGGAGAGAGAAGGGCAAGGGCAAGGAGAAGGUAGUGGAGUAUUUGCAAAGGUGUAGGAAUUAUGAUGGUGGGUUUGGAAGGAAAGUUGGUGCGGAGAGUCAUUCGGCGCAAGUAUUCGUAUGCGUAGCGGCCCUCGCGAUCCUCGACAGACUUGACGUAGUAGACGUUGACACGCUCGCGUUUUGGUUGGCGGAGAGGCAGCUUCCUAAUGGGGGGUUGAAUGGGAGGCCUGAGAAGUUGGAGGAUGUAUGCUACAGCUUCUGGGUCCUCUCCGCGCUCUCGAUCCUUAACAAGCUUUCGUGGAUCGAUGAGGACAAGUUGACGGGGUUUAUUUUGUCUGCGCAGAACGCAGAAAGCGGCGGAAUCGCGGAUAGGCCAGGGGAUAUGGUCGAUGUGUUUCAUACCCAUUUCGGGAUUGCUGGUCUAUCGAUAUUGGGAUACCCGGGCCUUGUGGACCUCGACCCUGUGUAUUGUAUGCCUGCGCAUGUUAUUGAGCGGCGUGGGUUGAGGAAGGGGUGGAAGGCGCUUGAGAGGCGGGUUGGUUGA